CCAGUCCAGGUUUCACUCUCACUUUUCAAGAUGGCGGACUGGUGGUACGGACAGUACACCUCAGCGCUGGUGUGCCGCGUUCCCGAGUCCACGGCGUCUCAGCCGACGACGACGUCCUCCUCCGGCGGUAACAACGGGUCCAAGGAGCACGUGAACGUGGAGCAGGCCCGCGGCGAGUGGGAGAAGUUUGCCGGGGCGCUGCGGCGGCUCGGGGCGGGCGUACUGGAGCUGGCGCCCGAGGAGGAGUGUCCGCAGGGCCCGUUCGUGGCGGACUGCGCCGUAGUGUGCGAGGGCACGGCCCUGGUGACACGACCCGGGGGCGACAGGAGGAAAGAGGUUGAGGUGAUACGGAAGGUGCUAGAACAGGACCUGAAGCUGGAUAUUGUACAGAUGUUGGACGACAACGCAACGUUACACGGACAGGACGUGCUGUUCACUGGAAAGGAGUUUUUCGUAGGGCUGACAUGGUUCACGAACCAGGCGGGUGCGCGGGCCCUCGCGGACGCCUUCCCAGACUACCGCGUCUCGUCCAUCAAUGUGCCGAACGAGGUGGAACACCUGGGUGACCUCUGCGGGGUCGCGGGACCCAACCUGCUGGCCGUGGGGAAGAGCAAGGCUGCCAAGAUGGUGCUCAAGGAGAUGGAGUUGAUGGGAGAGUUUGACUAUGAGAUCCUGAGCCUGCCAGACGACCAGGCCACCGACUGUCUGUACAUGAACGGCACGAUACUGCACUGCACCAAGGACGAGUUUCCUGACAGUUAUAAGGUGUUUGAGACGGUGACUGACUACCACAGGGUGGCCGUGUCCAACAGGGAGCUGAGGAAAGUAGGCGGGGCUCUCAGCAGGCUCGCUCUGCUCAUCCCACACACCAAGACUAAGUGAACCUCCCCUAUACACACAUCCCCCUCACCAGGACCUAAUGAACCUCCCCCUACAUGCAUCCCCUCACCAACACCAAGUGAACCUCCCCCUACACAUAUAUCCCCCUCACCAAGACUUAGUGAUCCUCCCCCUAUAUGCAUCCUCCUCUCCAAGGCUUAGUGAACCUCCCCUCACACCAAGGCUGAGUGAUGUAGGUACAUAGCCAUGUACCUAUCAUUGUUGUCUGGCUGGGGAGGGGGUUUGUUUUUUGUGUAUGGAACAAUGGUCACAUUUGAGUUUGGAAGACUCCGGAAAUUCAGAAAUGCAGACAAACUUUUCAUUUCUAUUUUGACAGAAAUAA